AGAGAGAGAGAGAGACACACAGAGAGAGAGAGAGAGAGAGAGAGAGAGAGAGAGAGAGAGAGAGAGAGAGAGAGAGAGAGAGAGAGAGUGAAAAAAAGGAGCUCCACGGACAGAAGGACCAGUUCUCACAUAGUAAACAAGUACACAAAUACAUGUGUUUUUCAGCAGACAUUGACAACAACAGCACUAUCUAGACCUUAGCCCCCCCCCCCCACGGCCGACCCGCCCCGCCUGGAGCCACGCCCUUCACUGCAACCAACCACUGCUCACGUAGAGCCUGGAAGGCAGGGGAGCCACGGCCGGGAUUUCAUGGCAACAGCACCCUAGGGCUGCCAUGGCAGCUGCUGCCGCGGAUGCCCCACGCCAUAUUACCGCACUGACGCCGGAGGACGAGGAAGGAAGAGCCGCUGCCAAGCUGUACGGAGGCACUACCCUGCCACGGACAGAGAGAGAGAGAGAACGAGAGAGGGAAGAGCGAGCCAGUGGGAACGAGUGUUUGGUGUGUGGGACUUGGUUUUGUUCCCAGGAUAAACUUCGGCUUCACUCUUUCUGUCACACGGGAGAGAAACCAUUCCACUGCUCCCAGCCACACUGCCCUAAGGCCUUCAGCUCCAAAUAUAAACUGUUCAGGCAUAUGGCCACACACUCUCCGCAGAAAACUCACCAGUGCUCGUUCUGCGAGAAAAUGUUUCACCGCAAAGAUCACCUGAAGAACCACCUGCAGACCCAUGACCCCAACAAAGAGGCCUUCAAGUGUGAGGAAUGUGGCAAGCACUACAACACCAAGCUGGGCUACAAGCGUCAUGUGGCCAUGCAUUCAGCCACGGCUGGGGACCUCACCUGUAAGGUGUGCCUGCAGAGCUACGAGAGUACCCCUGCCCUGAUGGAGCAUCUCAAGAGCCACUCGGGCAAGUCCUCCGGAGGUGCCAAGGAGAAGAAGCAUCCGUGUGACCACUGUGACCGCCGCUUCUACACACGGAAGGACGUGCGUCGCCACAUGGUGGUCCACACCGGCAGAAAGGACUUCCUGUGUCAGUACUGCGCCCAGCGCUUCGGCAGGAAGGAUCACCUGACGCGGCAUGUGAAGAAGAGCCACUCUCAGGAGCUGCUGAAGAUAAAGACUGAGCCUCCGGACAUGCUAGGCCUGCUGGGCUCUGGCUCCUCCCCCUGCACUGUCAAAGAGGAGCUCAGCCCCAUGAUGUGCAGCAUGGGUUCCAACAAAGACCCCAUGCUGGCCAAGCCGUUCCCCAGUGCCACCUCCUUCCCCAUGGGCAUGUACAACCCCCACCACCUCCAGGCCAUGUCCAACCCUGGGGUGGGCCACCACCACUCUCUGAUGCCUGGCUCCUUGUCCACUGCCAUGGGGAUGGGCUGCCACAUGGAGCCCCCCCUUCAUCACCCCCAUCACCCGCACCACCACCACCACCACCACUACCAUCACCACCACAUCCAACACUCCCCCCCGCUGCCCCACCUGCAGCAGCCCCAACAGCACCAGCAGCAACAGCACGCCCAGCCUCCACCCAAGUACCAGCUGGGAUCUACCUCAUACCUGCUGGACAAGCCCCUCAAAGUGGAGAUGGAGAGCUUUCUCAUGGAUCUGCAGAGUGGGCUGCCGGGCAAUCACUCAGGCGAUCAUCAUCAUGCUGCUGCCUCGCCCCCCAAGGAGGGACUAGAGCACCCCUCAGGCCUGACAGACGAGCUGUGUGGUGACCCCCUCCUGUCCAAGAGCCCUGCUGUCAUCGCUGAGGCUCUGUGCGCUGCUAACAUGGACAUCUCUCACCUACUGGGCUUCCUGCCCCUCAACCUGCCCCCCAACCUGCCCCCCUAUAACGCCUCCAUGAGCACAGCAGGGCUUGUCAUGAGCUACACCUCGUCUACCCCUGCCUCCUCCUCCUCCUCCUCUUCGUCAUCCUCAUCCUUGCAUGCUGCGGAGCCCCACGCCGUUGCCACGGCUGCAGCCGCACCUCUUACCUCUUUGCAACCUCAACCUCAGGAGCAGCAUGGCUCCAGCGAGGGCCUGGGUCUAGGGCCCCUGCACCCUCUCCCGCCAGUGUUUAGCUCCAGCCUCAGCACGACCACCCUGCCUCGCUUUCACCAGGCCUUCCAAUGAGGGGCCACCAGGCCACCAUGAGGGGCCACCAGGUCCCUACGCCUUCAUCCUCAGCUCACUGCCUGGGCGCCCAAGGUCCAUGUGGCCUGCUGGCCGCAAGGGCAGUGAUAAAAACACAUGAACACUUAGAAGCCUUAAUCGAAUCACACAAAAGCUUUUGAUUGAGCCCUAGAGAAAACUGAACCCUUUAUUGAAACAAAAGGGAAAAGAUGAGACAUUUUAAAACAAACUUUCUUUCUAUCCUUUAGUUAUAACCUCUCCCACCAACCUAUUUCCCUGAUCCAUGAUCCCCUCUCCCACCAACCAUCUCCCUGAUCCAUGAUCCCCUCUCCAACCUAUCUCCCUGAUCCAUGAUCCCCUCUCCAACCUAUCUCCCUGAUCCAUGAUCCCCUCUUCCACCAACCUAUCUCCCUCAUCCAUGAUCCCCUCUCCAACCUAUCUCCCUCAUCCAUGAUCCCCUCUCCAACCUAUCUCCCUGAUCCAUGAUCCCCUCUCCCACCAACCUAUCUCCCUGAUCCAUGAUCCCCUCUCCCUUUAUUAUGUAGGUAGUAGGCAGUAGGCCUUCAGUAGGCCUUCAGUAGGUCUUCAGUAGGCCUUUAGUAGGCCUUCAGUAGGUCUUCAUUAGGCCUUCAGUAGGCCUUCAGUAGGUCUUCAGUAGGCCUUCAGUAGACCUUCAGUAGGUCUUCAUUAGGCCUUCAGUAGGCCUGAAGGUACCGCUACUUUAUAAAGUAAUAAUAUUAGGAAAAUAAUCAAAGAUGAAUUUUAGAGAAGAUGUUUUGAAGUGGAUGAAAUAUAAUUUUCUUGCUUUUCCAAAUGUGACUGAACAUGCUAGAUUAUCUCUCCUAUGAGUGUAAAGGUCUGAACCACCUUCCCAGAAACACACCCUGUCUGUCAUCAUCACCAUCAGGGGGAAAAUACACCCUGUCUGUCAUCAUCACCGUCAGGGGGAAAAUACACCCUGUCUGUCAUCAUCACCAUCAGGGGGAAAAUACACCCUGUCUGUCAUCAUCACCGUCAGGGGGAAAAUACACCCUGUCUGUCAUCAUCACCAUCAGGGGGAAAAUACACCCUGUCUGUCAUCAUCACCAUCAGGGGGAAAACACACCCUGUCUGUCAUCAUCACCAUCAGGGGGAAAACACACCCUGUCUGUCAUCAUCACCUUCAGGGGGAAAACACACCCUGUCUGUCAUCAUCACCGUCAGGGGGAAAACACACCCUGUCUGUCAUCAUCACCUUCAGGGGGAAAACACACCCUGUCUGUCAUCAUCACCGUCAGGGGGAAAACACACCCUGUCUGUCAUCAUCACCGUCAGGGGGAAAACACACCCUGUCUGUCAUCAUCACCAUCAGGGGGAAAAUACACCCUGUCUGUCAUCAUCACUGUCAUGGGGAAAACACACCCUGUCUGUCAUCAUCACCAUCAGGGGGAAAACACACCCUGUCUGUCAUCAUCACCAUCAGGGGGAAAAUACACCUUGUCUGUCAUCAUCACUGUCAGGGGGAAAACACACCCUGUCUGUCAUCAUCACCAUCAGGGGGAAAACACACCCUGUCUGUCAUCAUCACCGUCAAGGGGAAAACACACCCUGUCUGUCAUCAUCACCAUCAGGGGGAAAACACACCCUGUCUGUCAUCAUCACCGUCAGGUGGAAAACACACCCUGUCUGUCAUCAUCACCAUCAGGGGGAAAACACACCCUGUCUGUCAUCAUCACCGUCAGGGGGAAAACACACCCUGUCUGUCAUCAUCACCAUCAGGGGGAAAACACACCCUGUCUGUCAUCAUCACCGUCAGGGGGAAAACACACCCUGUCUGUCAUCAUCACCGUCAGGGGGAAAACACACCCUGUCUGUCAUCAUCACCGUCAGGGGGAAAACACACCCUGUCUGUCAUCAUCACCAUCAGGGGGAAAAUACACCCCGUCUGUCAUCAUCACCGUCAGGGGGAAAACACACCCUGUCUGUCAUCAUCACCGUCAGGGGGAAAACACACCCCGUCUGUCAUCAUCACCGUCAGGGGGAAAACACACCCUGUCUGUCAUCAUCACCGUCAGGGGGAAAACACACCCUGUCUGUCAUCAUCACCAUCAGGGGGAAAAUACACCCCGUCUGUCAUCAUCACCGUCAGGGGGAAAACACACCCUGUCUGUCAUCAUCACCGUCAGGGGGAAAACACACCCUGUCUGUCAUCAUCACCGUCAGGGGGAAAACACACCCUGUCUGUCAUCAUCACUGUCAGGGGGAAGAUUAAUGAAGGAAUGAAGUGAUAAUGCCCCACCAACAUUGCCCUCCUCCAAUAGGCCAACAUUGCCCUCCUCCAAUAGGCCAACAUUGCCCUCCUCCAAUAGGCCAACAUUGCCCUCCUCCAAUAGGCCAACAUUGCCCUCCUUCAAUAGGCCAACAUUGCCCUCCUCCAAUAGGCCAACAUUGCCCUCCUUCAAUAGGCCAACAUUGCCCUCCUCCAAUAGGCCAACAUUGCCCUCCUUCAAUAGGCCAACAUUGCCCUCCUCCAAUAGGCCAACAUUGCCCUCCUCCAAUAGGCCAACAUUGCCCUCAUCCAAUAGGCCAACAUUGCCCUCAUCCAAUAGGCCAACAUUGCCCUCCUCCAAUAGGCCAACAUUGCCCUCCUCCAAUAGGCCAACAUUGCCCUCCUCCAAUAGGCCAACAUUGCCCUCCUUCAAUAGGCCAACAUUGCCCUCCUCCAAUAGGCCAACAUUGCCCUCCUUCAAUAGGCCCACAUUGCCCUCAUCCAAUAGGCCAACAUUGCCCUCAUCCAAUAGGCCAACAUUGCCCUCCUCCAAUAGGCCAACAUUGCCCUCCUUCAAUAGGCCCACAUUGCCCUCAUCCAAUAGGCCAACAUUGCCCUCAUCCAAUAGGCCAACAUUGCCCUCAUCCAAUAGGCCAACAUUGCCCUCAUCCAAUAGGCCAACAUUGCCCUCCUCCAAUAGGCCAACAUUGCCCUCAUCCAAUAGGCCAACAUUGCCCUCCUCCAAUAGGCCAACAUUGCCCUCCUCCAAUAGGCCAACAUGCCGGUUUAUCUUGUUUUUCUAGAGAAGCAUUUAUUUUAUUUUUUGGGGGCAGAAGGCUCUUCACCUUUAAGAAUCCCUUUGGCUAGCUCUCAGUGAUGAUGACCCUAUAUGGGGAAGGCUCUUCACCUUUAAGAAUCCCUUUGGCUAGCUCUCAGUGAUGAUGACCCUAUAUGGGGAAGGCUCUUCACCUUUAAGAAUCCCUUUGGCUAGCUCUCAGUGAUGAUGACCCUAUAUGGGGAAGGCUCUUCACCUUUAAGAAUCCCUUUGGCUAGCUCUCAGUGAUGAUGACCCUAUAUGGGGAAGGCUCUUCACCUUUAAGAAUCCCUUUGGCUAGCUCUCAGUGAUGAUGACCCUAUAUGGGGAAGGCUCUUCACCUUUAAGAAUCCCUUUGGCUAGCUCUCAGUGAUGAUGACCCUAUAUGGGGAAGGCUCUUCACCUUUAAGAAUCCCUUUGGCUAGCUCUCAGUGAUGAUGACCCUAUAUGGGGAAGGCUCUUCACCUUUAAGAAUCCCUUUGGCUAGCUCUCAGUGAUGAUGACCCUAUAUGGGGAAGGCUCUUCACCUUUAAGAAUCCCUUUGGCUAGCUCUCAGUGAUGAUGACCCUAUAUGGGGAAGGCUCUUCACCUUUAAGAAUCCCUUUGGCUAGUUGUCAGUGAUGAUGACCCUAUAUGGGGAAGGCUCUUCACCUUUAAGAAUCCCUUUGGCUAGUUCUCAGUGAUGAUGACCCUAUAUGGGGAAGGCUCUUCACCUUUAAGAAUCCCUUUGGCUAGCUCUCAGUGAUGAUGACCCUAUAUGGGGAAGGCUCUUCACCUUUAAGAAUCCCUUUGGCUAGCUCUCAGUGAUGAUGACCCUAUAUGGGGAAGGCUCUUCACCUUUAAGAAUCCCUUUGGCUAGCUCUCAGUGAUGAUGACCCUAUAUGGGGAAAAACCCAACUUGUAAAAGCUGCUCUUGAAAACAGGUCAUUACCAGUAUUUGACUCAUGAUGAUUUUCCUUCCUUCAACUGUCUUCCUUCCAGUAUUUGUUUUAAGAAGUCUCCAUGGUAACAAUAUGCCACACAUUACUGAUAUGUAUUUUUUUGUUGUUGUUGAAGAAAACAAAUGUAUUUUCUCUCUGUUAGAGAUGCAUGGUAAUAACCACCCUGACAUAUGUGAAUAGCAAACAAAAAUGACAACGACGACAUUGAGGAAAAGGUGUAAGAGAAUGUUAUUGCAGUGUACAAAAUAUCUCAUCAAAAAUGAAUAUUAUUAUUGCUUUUAUCUCAGUAAGGUGUACAAAGUGAUGAUGUUUAAUGUCUGGCAGGUUUACAUUUGUGUGUAUCUGACAUUUUAUUGCUUAAAAAAGGAUGAAUUAUUAGCUUUGCCCUUUAGCUUUUCUCCUCUGUAUUCAUUCUUGAUCUUGAUCUUUACCUUGAUCUUUGCCUUGAUCUUGAUCUUGAUCUUUACCCUGAUCUUGAUCUUUAACUUGAUCUUUACCCUGAUCUUGAUCUUUACCUUGAUCUUUACCUUUACCUUGAUCUUUACCUACUUGAGUUAGUAGCAGAAACUUGGAUUGUGGAUUUUGACAAAUGUUUUAGUAGGCUGUUAGUGGAAUAAUAAUGAAAUAGCAGUCAACAUAGAUAACAUUGAUAGACUCUCCAGUUUCAAUUCAUUCUCUACUUUCUCAGUAUGAAACCCAACCUGACCCUAAGUAAACGAAGCGAUCCGAUUUUAGAUGCCUUUUUUUUCUUCAUAUUCACUAGCCUUUUGAAAACUUAAGCCCAAAGUUAUAAAACUAUAACAGGUGCUCUUAUUUGUGUCCCGUGAGUUAUGUUUGUAGGAUGGACAACGUUAAAAGAUAGAUUCUGCCUGGAGAGUACAAGGACUAAACUUUACGGUAUGAAUAUCAUCCUCUUGGUUUGCAACUCGUCUCAAAACCCCUUGACUUGUGUCUGUUUGAGUACUGAGCCCAGUCCACAGGCAUCUAUUAAUGAAUACGUAGUUUCAAGUAGAAGUCAAGUAGAAAUUUAAAAAAUAAUGAAAUAAAACAUACGGCUGCUUUUAGCUACGGUUGCCCAGCAACUGUAAAGCACUAGAACAUUUCAGUAGUAGCGAUUUGAAGUGUUUCCCUUCCUCUCCUGUACUCCUCCUCACUCAGCUGCUUCCUAGAUUCAAGACAAAAGGGUCUAUCUAAAAAGGACAAUAUCCAGAACAGACAAGUCACCAGCCUGCUCUUUGACAUUCAAAGCAUGGGACGCCUGACUGGGAUAUUUCUUAGUCGUUUAUUUUGUUGUUGUCAUAUGCUAUAUUUUUUUCUGUUUGUUAAAAACAGGACCUCGAAACAACACAACACAUCACCUCAUUUAUUGUUUUGUUUUUUCAAUUUUUCUUACCAAAACCCAGAGAGAGGAAACUAAAUCUUGCACAAUUGCUCAUUAAAAUAUAUGUUGUAUCAUUUGGAUUUAAGUUCAUGUUUGUUUGGUUGUUACAAAUAGUGCUACUGCCAACCAAUGCUUGUGAGGUAAUAAGUGCAGGUGUGUUCAAGUUGACACUAACCAGUCUAUUCCUGGAAAAUCAUCCUCUAGGCUGAUACAUUGUCUAAACUAUGAACAUGUACUGAUUGAUCAUGAUACAUGCGAUUCUUACAUUUGAAAGAGUUUGACUGUUUCUUACAGAGGAAGUUGGAUAUAAAUAUUGGUAUAAAUGUAAAAAAAAAAAAAAAGAAGAAGGUUAUGUCUUAAACAUAGCCUUUUUAUAUCAAGUAAUACAUUUUAAAAGACCAUGGCUAUGUUCAAUUCCAGACACAAUUGUAGGAUUCAAAUGUAGCAUUUAUCUUUUUAUUCAUUUAUUGAUAAAACUAAUGAAAAGUUAUUAGUAUUUCGUUUUGUCCUCUCUGGGUUUCUGUGAGCUAAUCUGAAUUCUAGCACUUUCAACCUUUUAAAAAAAGUUUUUUUUCUUUUACCAUUUCAGCUUAUAUGUUGAUAUGUUUUUUCAUUUGUAUUUGAUCCUGUAUAUGUAUGUGCCAUUAGUUUGAUGUGUAGAUUUGAUCAACCUUUGUGUAUUUUUCUCCAAAAGAAUAACAGUAUUUUUGCUAAGACUUUUCACUAAUACCUUCUUUCAUGUGCCCCCCCACUCCCCUCUCAGCCCAUUGGGUAACCAGCGUUCAUGUGCCCUACCCACUCCCCUCUCAGCCCAUUGGGUAACCAGCGUUCAUGUGCCCUACCCACUCCCCUCUCAGCCCAUUGGGUAACCAGCGUUCAUGUGCCCCCCCACUCCCCUCUCAGCCCAUUGGGUAACCAGCGUUCAUGUGCCCCCCCACUCCCCUCUCAGCCCGUUGGGUAACCAGCGUUCAUGUGCCCCCCCACUCCCCUCUCAGCCCAUUGGGUAACCAGCGUUCAUGUGCCCUACCCACUCCCCUCUCAGCCCAUUGGGUAACCAGCGUUCAUGUGCCCCCCCACUCCCCUCUCAGCCCGUUGGGUAACCAGCGUUCAUGUGCCCCCCCACUCCCCUCUCAGCCCAUUGGGUAACCAGCGUUCAUGUGCCCUACCCACUCCCCUCUCAGCCCAUUGGGUAACCAGCGUUCAUGUGCCCUACCCACUCCCCUCUCAGCCCGUUGGGUAACCAGCGUUCAUGUGCCCCCCCACUCCCCUCUCAGCCCAUUGGGUAACCAGCGUUCAUGUGCCCUACCCACUCCCCUCUCAGCCCAUUGGGUAACCAGCGUUCAUGUGCCCCCCCACUCCCCUCUCAGCCCAUUGGGUAACCAGCGUUCAUGUGCCCUACCCACUCCCCUCUCAGCCCAUUGGGUAACCAGCGUUCAUGUGCCCCCCCACUCCCCUCUCAGCCCUUUGGGUAACCAGCGUUCAUGUGCCCUACCCACUCCCCUCUCAGCCCAUUGGGUAACCAGCGUUCAUGUGCCCCACCCACUCCCCUCUCAGCCCAUUGGGUAACCAGCGUUCAUGUGCCCCACCCACUCCCCUCUCAGCCCAUUGGGUAACCAGCGGUCAUGUGCCCCCCCUCCCCUCUCAGCCCAUUGGGUAACCAGCGUUGCCUUCUCUAUUGAAAUUGUAUCUAACCCAACAACAAAUAUAUUCUACAACCAAGUAUCUGUAACAGAGAGCAUGGUGAACAUUAUACGUUGUCGUCCCUAGGACAAUAGAAGGACUACCAGAUCGACCUCUUCUUCAAGGUAAAAAAAAAAAGAGCAGGUCCUGUUCUCCGACAGAUGUGACACAGUUCCAUCCAACAGCACAUUAUCUGGGGAACCCAGUUCGAAAGCACUUUUAUUCAGCCCCCAUGUUCAUAACAACUGACUGAUGCAUGACUGUAAAGGGUUGUACUACUGCCUACUAGCUAGAAAACACAUGUUGCUUCUAGACAGAUUCAGGCAGUCUUGAAAUGAAUAUUGUACAACACUCUAUGUUAACAUGAUGUGCCAAGACAGGGCUUGUUAUAGAGAAGGUAAGUACGUCUCCAUCUGCCCCAGUUUACAGUAGACUUCACCUCACACAUAACAGUUUACAGUAGACUUCACCUCACACCUAACAGUUUACAGUACACUUCACCUCACACAUAACAGUUUACAGUAGACUUCACCUCACACAUAACAGUUUACAGUAGACUUCAUCUCACACAUAACAGUUUACAGUAGACUUCACCUCACACAUAACAGUUUACAGUAGACUACACCUCACACAUAACAGUUUACAGUAGACUUCAUCUCACACAUAACAGUUUACAGUACACUUCACCUCACACAUAACAGUUUACAGUACACUUCACCUCACACAUAACAGUUUACAGUAGACUUCAUCUCACACAUAACAGUUUACAGUAGACUUCACCUCACACAUAACAGUUUACAGUGGACUUCACCUCACACAUAACAGUUUACAGUAGACUUCACCUCACACAUAACUGUUUACAGUACACUUCACCUCACACAUAACAGUUUACAGUAGACUUCACCUCACACAUAACAGUUUACAGUAGACUUCACCUCACACAUAACAGUUUACAGUAGACUUCACCUCACACAUAACAGUUUACAGUAGACUUCACCUCACACAUAACAGUUUACAGUAGACUUCACCUCACACCUAACAGUUUACAGUAGACUUCACCUCACACCUAACAGUUUACAGUAGACUUCACCUCACACCUAACAGUUUACAGUAGACUUCACCUCACACAUAACAGUUUACAGUAGACUUCACCUCACACAUAACAGUUUACAGUAGACUUCACCCCACACAUAACCGUUUACAGUAGACUUCACCCCACACAUAACCGUUUACAGUAGAGGUGAUAGAAAUGCUAAUAUAAUUCAUUGGCAAAAGAAAACUAAAACUAAAGUACUUGUUGGAGGCAGCUUUAAAUGCUACGUUUUUCAGAGCUAACCUUGGGAAGUGGCCUUUUCAGGAGUAUUUUAGCAGUACUUCAGUAUCAUCAGGAUGACCUAAUCAUGAGUCCACCCCACUCGUUGUUGGAGAGAUACCUCUGCUCUACCCCUGAGAAGGCCUACCUCUGACAGUGGUGGUAUGAUUCAAAGCAUCAGAUAGGUCUUUGGCAUUGUUAAUGAAAGGUUGUGGAAGUAAUAUCUCGCCUUCAGUUCUGACUGAGUGCGGAGCGGAUGUUUUCGCUACAAUGCCUUGUUGGUUCAUUACCUCGCCUGCACCUACUAGAGAUGCACUUGUCCUCACCGUUCCUCUGUUAGUAGGUGAACAACACAGAAUUUAAGGGAAUUAUUUGAUCAAUUUUAAGUCAGAAAACCGAUUGGAUUUCAUGAAUGCUUUUUUUUUGUCUUCUAGUGAGAAACUGGGUGAAAAGACAGAAUGUAGUUUUAUAUAUAUAUGUUUAGCUUGAUGUACGUCUUGCAUUCUAUGCUUUUUGUGUAUCGUGUUUAGUGACAUAGACAUUUAUUUUUAGUACUUGCUUAUUACAGCCAACUCUGGAAAAAAAAGGUGAACGAAACAAAAAUGGAAUAUUUACUUUCAUCCUUACACUAUUUUACAUUUUAUCAACUAUAUUCUUCAGAGAAAAAAAAACCAUAGCUUUUUUUUGUUUUGUUUUGUUUUGUUACAUAUCUCACAUGCGAUCAGUUGCUGCAAUGUAAAGGGACAGAUUUGUAUAUUGGUUGAUCCAAAGAGAUGACAUAAAUCAGCAAACCUCUUUUACUUAUUGUACAGUACAUUGUAUCUUUGACUUGUCAUGUGUUAUGUUGAAAUUAUUAAAAGACAAAUUCACGGUUUCAUA